GUCAAUUAUAUAAACUCAGUGCUCUGUGUAAUAUUUUAAAUAAAUGUUCACAUGGCUCAAACACCUUUAACCUCAACGUUUCCGCAUCUGGAUAUACUGCGACAAACUGACAGCCAGGCCGUCUGCGAUUUGGGGCUCAUCAGCAAGAGUCUGAAGCGGCUGAAGCAAGCGACAGAGCAGCAGUUAGCCAAGCUUACAGUGGUGCUAAGCGAAGAAGAAACCGAUAAACUUGCAGUAGAUGUAACUAAAUGUCUCAAAAAAUUAGUGCCCACAAAUAAGCAGAAUAUGUUGGCUGAACAGCAAGCGGCGGAGCGUGUGGAGCAAUGGAAAGCAGCAGAGCCAUUGCGUAGAUCAAGAACAGAAGUGGAAAUCAAGUGGCAAGUGGGCACCUCAAAUUCCAGACUAUCGCUGUGUGGGGCCAAAAAGCCCACGCCAAUUGCUGAGCAACUGGAGGUUAUACUAGCUCGGCUGCCGCGCCCCAGCGAACUUGUGCUGCAAUGCGAUGGAGUCUAUAAUGGCGCCAUACCCAGAAGCCAGAAGCAAAGAUAUUUAACAUUGGGAGAGCGCAGUGAAUUUGGCGGCACCUUUGGCAAUCAUCGUCGCAAGUUCUUGGUCAUGUGCCAGCUGAUAAUGAAACCCUAUGGCAUACCCAUGUACGAGUUGAGCACGUCCUGGGAGAAUGGCCAGGCGCUAUGCGCGUUCAUACACGCCUUUCGGCCCGAGCUCAUAGAUACGCAGUAUUUCAAAUGCAAAGAUGCUGAGAAGACUUUGAACUAUGCACUGAGUGUAGCUAAAUAUUUGGGCGUGGAAUUUCCAGGCGAUUUGGGCAAACUGUUGCAAGAGAAAGAGGACAUACUUAUUAGCAUGUUUUCCUUUUUGGACAGACUCUACUAUGUGCUAAAGACUACGCGACUGCAGUGAGCGAUAGACAGCGUUUAUAUAUAUAUUUUUUAAUAUUAUUGUUUGCCAGCGCUAAUAAAAAAGAA